GGCUUGCUUGCGGGUAGCGUGUACUUCUCGCCGGCUCGGUUCUCGCGGGACGAGGACGGGGCGGCUCCCCGGUGCCCGCACGCGUUUCUGGAGGAAGCGCGCCGAGCGGCUGGUGGAGUGGGGCCGCGAGCUGGUGGGUACGCCAUGGGAAAGGCCAGGCCGGCGGCGGCGCACUGGAAGGGCCCCGGGGCCCCGGCGGGGGCGCAGGGCGGCCGCGCGAGGCCCAACCCCAACCCGUUCGAAGUGAAGGUGAACCGACAGAAGUUCCCGGUGCUGGGCAGGAAGGCGCGCCACGCCGUGGGGCAGCCCGGGGUGUCGCGCGCGCGGGCAGUGCAGAAGCGCACCCAGACAUUAUUGAAGGAAUACAAGGAACGGGAUAAGUCGAACGUAUUCACAGAUAAGCGCUUUGGGGAAUACAGUAGCAAUAUGAGCCCGGAGGAGAAGAUGAUAAAGAGGUUUGCCCUGGAACAGCAGCGGCAACAUGAGAAAAGAAGCAUCUACAACCUAAAUGAGGGUGAAGAAUUAACUCAUUACGGCCGGUCGCUGGCAGACAUCGAGAAGCAUGAUGACAUUGUUGAUAGUGACAGCGACACUGAGGAACGCGGAACGCUGUCUGCCGAGCUGACGGCCGCCCAUUUCGGAGGCGGUGGCGGGCUCCUUCAUAAGAAGACCCCGCAGCAGCAAGGAGAGGAGGGGGAGAAGCCGAGGUCACGCAGAGAACUCAUCGAAGAGCUCAUUGCAAAGUCCAAGCAGGAGAAGAGGGAGAGACAGGCACAACGGGAAGGUGCCCUGGAGCUCACAGAGAAGCUGGAUCAAGACUGGAAAGAAAUCCAGACUCUCCUGACACACAGAGCUCCCAAGUCUGAGAACAGGGAUAAGACGGAGAAGCCCAAGCCUGACGCAUAUGACGUGAUGGUCCGUGAGCUGGGCUUUGAAAUGAAGGCCCAGCCCUCCAACAGGAUAAAGACGGUAGAGGAGCUGGCGAAGGAAGAGCAGGAACGGCUCCAGAAGCUGGAGGCUGAGAGACUGCGGAGGAUGCGCGGCGAGGACGAGGGCGGCGAUGCUAGAAAACCAAAACACCUGUCCGCAGACGACUUAAAUGACGGCUUCGUUCUGGACAGAGACGACAGGCGCUUGCUUUCCUACACGGAUGGAAAGAUGAGCAUCGGGGAAGAGCAGAGCGGAGAAGCCAGUGACGGCGAGAGCGAAGAGGAACAGGGCGAAGACCUGAGUGAGGACCCAGAGGACAGCAGUGACCCCGAUGGGCACUCAGACCUGGAAUCGGACACGGAGAGCGAGGACUGUGGGCGGCCAGACAGAGAGCCGCAGCAGGCCCCGGGGAAAAGAAUGACAAGUGGUCACAGAGCUCGCGGAGCUACUAGGACUGAGCUGCCCUAUACAUUUGCAGCCCCUGAGUCCUACGAGGAACUGAAAUCUUUAUUAUCAGCGAAAACGAUGGAGGAGCAGCUUGCGGUAGUGGAGAGAAUUCAGACGUGCAACCAUCCGAGUCUGGCCGUGGGAAACAAAGCAAAGCUGGAAAAACUGUUUGGCUUCCUUUUGGAGUACGUUGGAGACUUGGCUACAGAUGACCCACCAGACCUCCGAGUAAUCGAUAAGUUGGUUGUGCAGUUAUAUAAUCUUUGCCAGAUGUUUCCAGACUCCGCAAGCAACUCCAUAAAAUUUGUCCUGCGAGAUGCCAUGCACGAGAUGGAAGGGUCCAUUGAGGCCAGAGGCCGGGCGGCGUUUCCGGGCCUGGACGUGCUCGUUUAUUUGAAAAUCGCCGGGCUGCUGUUCCCAGCCUCCGACCUCCGGCACCCCGUGGUGACCCCCGCGCUGGUGUGCAUGAGCCAGCUGCUCACCAAGUGCCGCGUCCUGUCUCUCCAAGACGUGGUGAAGGGCCUGUUUGUGUGCUGCGUGUUCCUGGAUUACGUGUCUCUGUCUCGGAGGUUCAUCCCUGAGCUCAUUAACUUCCUCCUUGGGAUCCUUUACCUCGCAGCUCCAAACAAGCACGGCCAAGGUUACACUCUGGUGCACCCUUUCAGAGCAUCUGGGAAGAACUCGGAGUUGCUCUUGGUUUCUGACGAAGCGGACAUAGCCACGUGGCAGAGGCGAGGCCUGUCCCUCCGCUGGGCAGGCGGACUGAAGGCCCAGACUAAGACGGAGGCCAACCACACCAGACUGUCCUGCCUGGCCGUCUGUCUGGCUCUGGUGAAGCGCUGUGUGCUGCUCUAUGGCUCACUGCCGUCCUUCCAUGACAUCGUGAGGCCGCUUGGAGCCCUGCUGACGGAGCACCUGGCUGACCACCGUCACCCCCUGGAGCUCCAGGAGCUGUGCCGGAGCACGUUGGCCGACAUGGAAAAGCAGGAGCAGCGCUGCCGGCCGCUGAUCUGUGAGAAGAGCAAGCCGGUGCCGCUGAAGCUCUUCACCCCCCGGCUGGUCAGAGUCCUUGAGUUCGGGAGGAAGCAGGGGAGCAGCAAGGAGGAGCAGGAGAGGAGGAGACUGAUCCACAAACACAAGCGUGAAUUUAAAGGAGCCGUCCGGGAGAUCCGCAGGGACAACCAGUUCCUGGCUCGGAUGCAGCUCUCGGAGACCCUGGAACGGGAUGCGGAAAGAAAGCGAAAAGUGAAGCAGCUUUUUAACAGCCUGGCCACACAAGAAGGCGAAUGGAAGGCUCUAAAGAGGAAAAAGUUCAAAAAAUAAAGAGUUCCGCAGACGAGGCAGGGAGAUGCUGUGCACUGAAUAAAGGCUGGUCCCGUGUGC